GUACUCCUGGAGGUCCAGCAGAAGUAGAUGGUCCUCGAGACAAGCAGGCAGGAACUACACCAGGGCUAGUCAGUGGAGUUCUACAACAACUGCCGCAGCAUGGCCAGGGUCAGGUUCUCCAGGAGGUCGGCCAUCAUGAUCUUGACUGUCAUCCGCGGAAGAACAAAGACUCUUCAAGUCCAGCGCCACUCACGACUGGUGCAGUGCCACGAACUGCCUCAACAGCGGAGGUUAAACCGACUACCUUCAAUAUCACGUCUGCUGUCGAGAAUUGCUGUAAAACAAGUCAAGAACAACAACAAGCUUUUGACCUACAUCUUUCGUCCGCUGCAUCUCCUUCUCGUGGCGACACGGCAGCUAUCAACCCACAUGCGAAGAGGUCUAUUCCCGCAUCUUCAGUUCCGGUGCCUGAAUUGCCUUUACUCGUGUCGGACCAUCGGGUCGGGCUUUUGUCUUCUUCACCACGAACGCACCAGAGUCGACUUGGAGGAACUCCUGGUGCACGAAUCGCCUCCACGAUUUGUUCCUCGCCAGCUGGCCACCACGAGCAGACUUUCAGACAAGGUGGAAAACCGAACGGGGGUCUUCUCUGUCUCCCCAUGGCGGGAUCGCUUGUGCGUCAUAAAAAUGCUCCUAAAGUAGAAGAAGAAGAUGAUCAAAAUUACAUAGGAACUACUCCUCCUGCAGACCCUGGGCAAGAACUCGUUGCUGAACGCGACCACAUAGAUCGUGUUCAUCGUCCACACGAUUUACUACCCGGCGAACAACAUUGCGGUACAAAAACCAAUAAUGAAGAAGGUGGAGCAACUUCCAAACGAGAGGUGCGCCUCUCCUCAGAAGGAGCUUCCACACUUCAGAAACAGAUCCAAUCCGCCCCCAUGCGACGGUCCUCUAUACGUCGUGAAGAAGCAAGUGGGGAGUUGUGGCAACCUUCCCCAAAUGACCGGCGAGAGUCCACAAUUGUCUACAGAAAUGCAAGACCUAGGAGUACUCCUCGACGUAGUAAUGCGUCGACUGCAUUUGGAAAUCUUCGACGUGCUGAGACUCCCCUAUUGCUUCAUGAGCAGGAUUCUGAGGCUAGUACAGGAGCAGGACGAGCUGAGAAGCAGCUUGCUAUCAUCUCAUCUUCGGGUCGAGAAGAAAAAAGUUCGUUCUCUUACCGAAGUUGCUCUGGUAAAACAACUGAGAAGCAAUUACGAGAGACAAGGUAUAAUCAGACACUGGAGGAAAUGAGGAUAAUAAAUAACAUCAAAGGAGGUCGUGGGCGAGAGAGUCAUGAUCAGCCUAACCAACUACUUUUAAAUGCUGAACGUGAUCAUCCUGGUCAUGCCUCACGACCAGCGCUUCUUAGUAGUUUGAGUAAUUCUCCGCUCUGUGCGCCUCCACAAGAUCAACGCAGUGUUUCGUCAUCCUCUGCAUCGUCAACAAUGCGCGUACUAGAGCGGCUCCUGGCAAAUACGACUACCUCUGCCAAUCAUGAAAGCAAGACGAGAGCAGGAAAAGGAAGAACCGAAAUGGAAAUACUUCAUGACCAUAGGUAUAGGAGGAAAGGCGCAGGCGUUGGCGGCGUCGCAACAAGUGAAAAAAAAUAUAGCCCCUCAUCAAGAAGCAGAUCAUUAAGGAGAUCAUGUGCACCUUCAUCCGAGGGUGAGAAUCCAACACCUCAUGGUGACCGUAUCAAGGAAAAUAGCGACGAGAACGGAAUCCUGGUUCAGUAUGAAGACCCCUUGCACUCUGAUGUCGCCUCCUCGUUGGGGUGUUUUUCGAGAGAAGAAGUUGCAAAAAAUGCCAGUUGCAAGACGAUUAAAGGGAGAAGAAAGAAGAGCUCGGAGACUGGUCAUGGGAGCUCUAACGAUUUAUCUGUCGUGGAGCUGGGUUGCACUCUUGUUUACACAUCAAGGCGUAAAAGCAUUCCUGCGACACCGAGACCACGAUUGCCUCGUGUGUCGCCAAAAAAAUCAGAGGAUGGACAGAUGAGUUGCACUCAUUCAAGUGGGGCUAGCUCCGACACUUUCAAUUCUACGUGGAUUCGCGAGAUUCUUUUGCCAAGAACCUAUGGCUACAUUGUUCCUACUAGAAGCAUACCAGAAACAAGUGAUGGAGGUACUCGUGCAGUAGGGAACGUGAUUACCGCAACUGGGGACUACGUCUACGAUAUGCUUCUGACAUCAGCUUCCGAAGCCGUUGUAGCAGGGUCAUCCAGAUCGUCUGCAUCUGCUUCGGGUCGGAUGAGAGACAAGGUGGACUCAUUGCGGUCUCUCACGCGCCAAGGACCUGCUGACGAACGAGACAAGAACGGCACGACCAGCCACAACAUCAUAGAUAAGAAGAACAUCAACAUCAAGGACAAAGGCAAACGACCUUCACGGGAAGGAGAAGGACGCUCUCAUCCUAGCCUGGAUCAUGAUUUGAAAAGAUUUCUUGUGUCUCAAGCGCAACUAUCACAUGGGAGCGCAUUGAAAAUGAAAACAAAUAAGGAACAUUCAGCAGCUAGUAAAAAUCCUCGUACUAGAAGUGAUGAAGAUGAAGGAGAAGAGGCUAUUCAUGAUAUUGAAGCACCGGACGAGACCUUCGCGGAGAUGAGAACGAACCGCCGUGAUGACCCCUUUCUAGAAGCUGCAUGGCGCAAUCUCGAAGAGAUACAGCGGAACUGUGGGGUAUAUGGAAACCGAUCUCAUCAUGUUGAAACAGAUGCACCGGCACAACGUCGCUGCUAGAUACCUCUGUCUUCUUUCAUCGACUCUAAUUCUAUGCUCAUGAUCUUUCCUGUUCCUGCGCACGUGCUUCAUAAAACAAGCAGUGCGAUUUUAAACGCGCCUGCUCUGAAGAUUCUGGGAAGUCGUAGGUCAGACCCAAACCGACUAAGUAACAUCAUCAUCGCGUAG